AUGGUAUCUGUGGCAUGUGCAGAGAUGACUCGUGAAUCCCUGAUUUUGCAGAAGACAGAUUUGCCAACGGCGUUCGCUGAACUCAUAGACAUGUUUCUUCGAAUACGGCGAAGGAUCUCCAAGCAUGAUAGUACUCUAAAGACAACGAUCAGUAACCAUAAUGUAAUCGUCGCUCACCUCUCUGCUCCCACUGCUCCUGACGACACUUUAUUGAAGAGCUUAGAGGACGAGCUCAAGAGCCUCCAGGCCUCUUUGGACGAGACGGCCGAAGGAAUAAAAACCUUACAGAAGGAGCAAGAGGCUCUCGCAGAUGCGCGUGCACGCCAUCGCGCUGAACAAGCUAACAAGCAGCGGAGAGAUCGACAGAAGCUGACUGAAAUGCGGUCGCUUUUGGUCUUCUAUCGGAGCAUAAGUAACGUUUAUUGGGACGCAGAUCAUAGAUGCUUCCUCCUGUUGCCGCACAAGGCCAAGCUCAUCAAGUUCUCUGCACCAGAUAACAAGUUCAGGCUUUCACAGAAGAAUGACAGCGGAGAAGACAUGUGCAUUUGGGAUUUACUUGAUGAUUAG